ACAUCCGCUAUUGCUGUGUGAAAGACAGACAUUUGGAGAAGUUUGGAGAGACCAAGUCUGCGCAAGAGCCAAAAUCUGACAAGAAUUGAAUUACAGAACCUCCGCUCACAGACUCCAGUAUGUGUCUGGGAAACGUCCCUACAAGCCUUCAGCAGCUCGUCUAAGAGGAAGGACAGAUCUGCCAUUCUGCAAUGGAUAACGAAGCAUUUGACUGCCAGAGCUGUAAGGAAUCUCUCUAUGGAAAGAAAUACACCGUUAAGGAUGAUAAUCCCUACUGCGUCAAAUGCUUUGAAACCCUUUUUGCAAAUAUAUGCGAAGGAUGUAAAAAACCCAUUGAAUGUGAUGCCAAGGAUCUUUCCUACAAAGACAGUCAUUGGCAUGAAGCUUGUUUCAAGUGUGCCAAAUGCACAUGCUCUUUGGUAGAGAAGCCAUUUGCUGCCAAGGAUGAGCUGCUGCUGUGCAUCGAUUGUUACUCCAAUGAGUAUUCCUCCAAGUGCUUCAACUGUAAGGCCACCAUAAUGCCUGGUUCUCGUAAAAUGGAGUACAAAGGGUGUAACUGGCAUGAAACAUGCUUUGUCUGCCAAAGCUGUCAGCAGCCCUUAGGAAGCAAGCCAUUUAUGCCCAAACAAUCCAGUUUAUACUGUGUGCAAUGUUUUGAGAAUCAGUUUGCAAGUCACUGCAAAUCCUGCAAAAAGGCUAUCACCAAAUCAGGAAUUUCUUUCCAAGAUCAGCCGUGGCACAGUGAAUGCUUUGUGUGUUCGAACUGUAAGAAGAUGCUGGCGGGACAGGAGUUCACUGCAAAAGAUGAGGAUCCAUACUGUUUAGAGUGCUUUGGUAAUCUGUAUGCCAAAAAGUGCACUGCAUGUGCAAAGCCUAUUACUGGUCAAGGAGGUGGUAAAUACAUCUCAUUUGAGGAUCAUCACUGGCACACUGAUUGCUUCACAUGUUCAAAAUGCACUACUUCACUUGCUGGACAAAAAUUCCUCCAAAUGGAUAAUGGUAUACUGUGCCUUGAGUGUGGCCACGACUUAUAAAUUCCUAAAUGUGUAGUGUUGUUGAUAUGUAGUUUUAAGCUUCUGUAUUGCAAAUCACACAUAAGCAUGCAUGUCUACCAUGUGGGUCAUACCAUUUGGGUUCUUAGUUUUAUCACUGGUUGUCUUAAAUUAUCUACUUAGAUAUUACGGCAUUCCACACUAUCGCAAAUGCAUUGGAAUUCUAAGAGUAGUAUAAAAUACAGCCUUGAAUAUUUCAAACAGAGUCCAUGGU